AUGGACUACACGAUUAAGCCCGAGGCUACGGCCUCGAACAUCAACACAGAAGACUGGCCGCUUCUGCUCAAAAACUACGACAAGCUGAUGGUCAGGACUGGACAUUUCACGCCCAUUCCGGCCGGUUCCUCUCCCCUCAAGCGAGAUCUCAAGUCAUACAUCAACUCCGGUGUUAUCAACCUCGACAAGCCCUCGAACCCCUCUAGUCACGAAGUCGUUGCUUGGAUGAAGCGAAUUCUCAGGGCGGAAAAGACCGGUCACAGUGGUACUCUUGAUCCCAAGGUUACCGGUUGCUUGAUUGUUUGUAUCGAUCGGGCUACCCGUUUGGUCAAGUCCCAACAAGGUGCCGGAAAGGAGUAUGUAUGCGUCAUCCGCCUUCACGACAAAAUCCCUGGUGGGGAGGCCCAGUUCAAGCGGGCUCUUGAAACUCUUACCGGCGCUCUUUUCCAGCGUCCUCCGUUGAUUUCCGCUGUCAAGCGCCAGCUUCGUAUCCGAACAAUUCACGAGAGCAAGCUCUAUGAGUUUGACAAUGAGAGGCAUCUGGGUGUGUUCUGGGUUAGCUGUGAGGCUGGUACAUACAUCCGUACGCUCUGCGUUCACCUCGGUCUUCUUCUUGGUGUAGGCGCGCACAUGCAGGAACUGAGACGUGUGCGAAGUGGAGCUAUGGAUGAGAACAAGGGUAUGGUUACCCUGCACGACGUCCUUGAUGCGCAGUGGCUAUACGACAACCAGCGGGAUGAGAGCUACCUACGCAAGGUUAUCAAGCCCCUGGAGUCUCUCCUCACAACGUACAAGCGUAUUGUUGUCAAGGACAGCGCAGUUAACGCUGUCUGUUACGGUGCAAAGCUCAUGAUCCCCGGUCUUCUUCGCUUCGAGGCCGGUAUUGAACUUGGUGAGGAGGUUGUGCUCAUGACCACCAAGGGUGAGGCUAUCGCAAUCGGUAUUGCGCAGAUGUCUACUGUGGAACUUUCCACCUGCGACCACGGUGUUGUUGCCAAGGUCAAGCGUUGUAUCAUGGAGCGUGACCUGUACCCCCGCAGAUGGGGAUUGGGCCCUGUUGCUCUGGAAAAGAAGAAGCUCAAGUCAUCUGGAAAGCUUGACAAAUACGGACGCGCCAACGAGGCCACUCCCGCCAAGUGGAAGUCCGAGUACAAGGACUACAACGCACCUGAAGAAGACUCUGCACAGCCAGCAGCUCAAGCAGCUCCUCAGGAAGAAGCAGCCACUAAAGAAGAACCAUCUCCGGAUGCGAACGAGUCCAAGAUGGACAUUGAUGACGCCCAGGAUGACGACGACAAGAAGAAGCGCAAGCGACAUGAAGGCGAGACCGCUGAAGAGCGUGCUGAGCGUAAGCGCAAGAAGAAGGAGAAGAAAGAAAAGAAGGAGCGAAGGAAGUCUAAGCAGAAGGAUGACAGCGAAGACAGUGAUUAG